UGACCUUGCUGCGUAGAGGUCCCUCCCGGAAUCGUACUCACAGUGCCUUGGUGGCAUUCCCAUGCACUAUUGACAUAUAAAGAACAGCGUCCACGUCGUUUGCAUCUCAUCGUCAUGGCUUCUCGACUUAUCCCUCGUUUUCGUCCUGCCCAGCCCAACUUAUCCACCAUCACCCGGUUCCAACACAGUAUGACAUCCUCCGCCGCACCUCGUAAGUAUGAGUGGCUUGUUGUCGUUCCUGACAAGCCCAAUACCCUCGCCAAGCGCCUCGAGGUCCGCCCUACGCACUUCAAAAACCUCCAGGACAAGCUUGAUGCCGGUAUUUUUAAGAUGGGGGGCGCUCUCUUGGACGAUGUCCCUGCGGAUGAUGAGCCUUCGAGCUUGAAAUUCAACGGCAGUACUCUGGUUUGUCUCGCAGAAUCCAAGGAGGAGAUUAUGGGUUGGCUGGAGAAGGAUGUUUAUGCUGAGGCUGGAGUCUGGGAUCUUGAAAAGAACAGUAGGGAGACUGUUGUAUAA